AUGGGUGAAUAUCUACAAGCUGCCAUAGGAAGGAACGCGAUAGUCCCAGAAAUCCACCGAAUAUAUCCCCUGUCUAUGUGCCAUUUAGAAAAAAGCAAGAGUGCUUUUACCAUCUACCAGCCCAUUCCUAACUGUUACACGCUUUCAGAAGGGAUUGGCUGGUAUGGAUUCAAAGCUAUGGACACAACUAUUUUGAACGAGGGCAGAUCUCUGGUGGUCCUGCAGAGAACUUGUGCUGAAGCUCUUGGUAUGCUGGACGGGUACGUGUGGUCUGUUGUAUCUGAAUCAGACCCAGGAGGAAGGCAAGACAAGGAUGAAAAGAAAUGCCCCUCGAGGCUCAAUGGAUCCCUCAGUGGGUCAAUAAUAUUCAAGGAUGUGGCUGUGGAUUUCACCCAGGAAGAGUGGUGCCUAUUGGACCCUUCUCAGAAAGCGCUCUACCGGGAGGUCAUGCUGGAGAAUGUGCAGAAUCUAGUCUCUGUGGGGCUUCCAGUUCCUAGAGAAAAAUUUAUCUCCUAUUUUCACCAAGGAGAACCACCAUGGCUGCCAGAGCAAAAAGGCCCAAGGAACUCCUGCCUAGAGGCAGAGACUAAUUUUGAAGUGACUGAGUUGUCUGCAAAGGUGAGCCUUUUUGUGGAAGGAUCUGGCCCCCAAGGAUGCAUGAAUGAGGAUCCUCAUGACUUCUGUUCAAGAGAAAUCUGUGACUCUACUAUUAAGUUGAAUAAAAAUCCAAAGAGUAACUGUGAAUUUGAUGAAACUGCAGAGAAAUUUAGCCAAAAUUCAGUCCUAACUCAUGAUAUUAAAUUGACCUCAGGAAAUGACUAUUGUCAGGAUAGGAAAUAUAGGAAAUGCUUUCGUGAAGAAGUAGGACUUGUUCAGUCACAUGAGAAAUCUGAAAUGCCCAUGUAUCAAGGUAACGCUGGAGGAAUGGUCUUUGGCUGCACUUCAGACCACAGACAGCCAAAAAAUAAACGUGUUGAGAUGGUUUCUUCUUAUGAAUGUAAACAAUGUGGAAAGGCUUUUAGAAAGAAGGUAUAUCUUGCUAAGCAUCAGAGAAUCCACACUGGAGAGAAAUCUCAUCAAUGUAAACAAUGUGGAAAGGCUUUCAGAGAGAGAGGCAAUCUUGUUACACAUCAGAGAAUCCACACUGGAGAAAAACCUUAUGAAUGUAAAUACUGUGGAAAGGCUUUUAGAGAGAAGAAAGUUCUUGCUAAGCAUGAGAACAUCCACACUGGACAUAAAAGUUUUAAAUGCAAACAGUGUGAAAAGACUUUCUCUCAGAGGAACAAUCUUGUUGCACAUCAGAGCAUCCACAGUGGUGAGAAACCUUAUGAAUGUAAACAGUGUGGAAAGGCUUUCAUAAAGAAGGAACAUCUUGCUGUACAUCAGAGCAUCCACACUGGAGAGAAACCUUAUGAAUGUAAACAGUGUGGAAAGGCUUUCACACAGAAGGGCAAUCUUGCUACACAUCAGAGAAUCCACACUGGAGAGAAACCGUAUGAAUGUAAACACUGUGGAAAGACUUUCACAUGGAGCGUCUCUCUUGCUGCACAUCAGAGCAUCCACACUGGAGAGAAACCUUAUGAAUGUAAACAAUGUGGAAAGACUUUCACACUGAAGUGCUCUCUUGCUGCACAUCAGAGAAUCCACUCUGGAGAGAAACCUUAUGAUUGUAAACAGUGUGGAAAGGCCUUCACAGCAAGUGGCUCUCUUGCUAAACAUCAGAGAAUCCACACUGGAGAGAAACCUUAUAAAUGUAAACAGUGUGGAAAGGCUUUCAUACAGAGGAGCAAUCUUACCAGACAUCAGACAAUUCACACUGGAGAGAAACCUUAUCAGUCUAAACACUGUGGAACCGUUUUUACACAGAGGGCCUCUCUUGCUGAACAUCAGCGAAUCCUCAUUGGAGAGAAACCUCAUGAAUGUAAACAAUGUGGGAGACCUUUUAGUCAGAACUCUCAGUUUCCUGUACAUCAGAGAAUCCACACUAGAGAGAAACCUUUUGAAUGUAAACAAUGUGGAAAGGCUUUCACACAGAGGGGCCAUCUUGCUGCACAUCAGAGAAUUCACACUGGAGAGAAACCUUAUGAAUGUAAACAGUGUGGAAAGGCUUUCACAUGGAGGGCCUCUCUUACUUCACAUCAACGCAUUCACACUGGAGAGAAACCUUAUGAAUGUAAACAAUGUGGAAAGGCUUUCACAAAGAGGGGCAAUCUUGCUACACAUCAGAGAAUCCACACUGGAGAGAAACCUUAUGAAUGUAAACACUGUGGAAAGGCUUUCACGUGGAGGGCCUCUCUUGCUAAGCAUCAGAGUAUCCACACUGGAGAGAAACCUUAUGAAUGUAAACAGUGUGGAAAGGCGUUCACACAGAAGGACCAUCUUGUCAUACAUCAGAGAAUCCACACUGGAGAGAAGCCUUAUGAAUGUAAACAGUGUGGAAAGGCUUUCACACAGAAGGACCAUCUUGCCAGACAUCAGAGUAUCCACACUGGAGAGAAACUUUAUUUUGUUGGAUAUGUAGUAGGUUGUUUGGUAAUUAGGUAAGCAAUAAUAAAAGUUUUUUCCGAUAGAUUGGGAAUUGGUG